GAACUGGCGAGGGAAUCAUUAUCAUUCGCCCAUUUCUUGCCAUCCUGAUUGCCAUCGUAGUCGCCCUUGUCAUCAUCACGCUUGUAUUGGCCGUUUUCAUUCGCUCAAAGUGGAAAAGACGGGAAAAUGGAGAAGAAGGAAGGAACAAUUCAGGAUUAGAAAAAUUCGAGACUCCCCUCAAGAUGGACGUGGACGAUUCCUCGGAACUCGACGAUAGAGGGCCUGAUAUAAUUCCAGCUAAAAAUAUAUCCAGUUCCCCAUUCACGGGCAUCAUGGAUGAAAAGGACCAAAGAUUUUUGCAAAUAAACAACACUAUGGAAGUGGAGUACAGUAUACAUUCACCAAGUAGGGACCGUCUGGUACCUUUGGACUCUCUUUACAGUAGUCCCUUAUUUAAGCACAGGGGGAUUUCUGUUACAGAAGUGAGUAUAAAUGGAUUUUGUUUUUGUUUCCGAAUUUCAAACUGA